AUGACCGAGUGCAAAGGCUGCGAAUGCACGGCCCGCGCCGUUCACAAACUCGAAUCUUCUAUCAAUUACCUGCUGCUCGAAGGCAAACAGGUUCAUUUCAUUCAAAUUUACUUCUUGGAUGACAUUUUACUAUUGAGAUUGAGAGUUGAAUUAUAGUGUGUUCAGAUUUUGAAAGUAAAGUCAUCGCUCAAGCUCCGCCCCUAAUAGUGCGAUAAACCAAUAAGAUAGCUAGUCAUAUAGGGAGCGUUUUCGAAUGACGUCAUCGUUUUGAAAUUCGAAAUCGGAGCAGACUUCAGGGGGGCAAAAGCACAUCAGAAAAUAAAGUUACCGUAAAGUUUUUUUUUUCUUUUUACAAACGGCAAAAAAGGUCUUGAAGCGAAGUUUGAUGGUCGAAUUGGGUAUACGGUCAUUUUGCAAAAAAAAAAAGGUCGAACAAGCUAAGGUGGAAUGGGUUUUAUAGCCAGCUUUUCACGAUUUUUGUUUCCCUUCAAGCUAAUAAAGACUGUUCCGUUCGAUGCACGCGGCCGUCUCUGGGCAUGCGCCUUUAAUAAGAAAAAGUCCUAAUAAAAGGCUCGAGCAUAGAUAACCUCUAUUAAUUUUCUUAUUAAAGCCGCAUGCACCGAAACGGACCUCGACAGAAGGGCUCUGUAGCUGAAAAAAAAAGUCAAAAUCGUGACAAGCCGACGCGGAUUGGGCUACAACACGUGUCCAAAAAGAAGUUUUUAAUAUUUUCGAAUGAUUACCGUAAACCAAAAUUGACUUCGCUUCAAGACCUUUAUUCCCUUCAUAUUUUAGAGUCUCUUGUGCAGUUUUGUAGAGAAAAAGUUGCAAAAAUACCGUAUACCAAAUUUCGCUUCGAGACUUUUUAGAGGAAAAGGCGAAAAAGGCUGUUUACGGUAGCUUCUAUUCCGCUGUGCUUUUCAAAACGUGACCUUUUUACGCCAAACGGAUCAUAGAUAAUGGAAGAAAUUAUUCCAGGUGAACAAGAUAACGAGCGAGAACAAGAAGAAGAUCGAAGAGUUACGACGGGCCGAGCGCGAUGCUCUCCGGAAACGAUUCAAUGUGCGAAACUCAUCAUUUCUCAAUAAAAAUGAACUGUUUAAGGUCCCAACGACGGACCUAAAAAAUGCGUCAAGCAAAAGGUCGAAAAGUAAUGUUCAGAGUGAAUCUUCGCGCAAACAGAAUAAGGUUUUAUUUUUUUUAUUCGAAAAAAAAAUCCAUUUCUUAUUUUCAGUCAACCCCGAUGACCUUUGUGACCGAGGCCUGUCCUCCAUCUCUGGUUGGUUUUGGAUUUUUUUUUUUUAGAACUCGGUUGCUACGACGAGGGCUUUUUUAAAUUUGAAGAGUACGGUAUGUGAAAGUCCGCAUUUGGCGUGUGCGUGUUUGCACUUUUGAGCGGUACCGUUUCCGCUUUUUUCCAGUUUUUUUCUGAUUUUUUUCCGAAUGGAUUGAAACUACAGGAAAAGUUGGAUUACAUAAAAUAUUCUGACCUGUUAUAUAUCGAAAAAAAAAGUUUUUAAGAAUGGAAUCACGCGAAAUGUGAAAACACGCACACGCCAAAUGCGGACUUUUACAUACAGUACUCUUCGUAAACUCUGAAAACGGCAUGUUUUCUCGAAAUUCGUACAAAAAACAUGAAAUAAUUGUUUUCCUGACUUUUUUAAAAAUCAACUCAUUUCUCACUUUUCAGUUAUAACCCUAACCUUUUUGGGUACUCAAACCUUCCGUUUCAGUCUAAAUCGAUUGAAAAAUCAAAUUAUUUCUUUGAAAAAAAUCAGAAUCUUGAAGUUAUCAAAACAAGAAAUUAAUAAAAACUUCAAAGGGACAUUUUAUGAAGAGCUUCAAAAAAAGUUAUUUAAUUUCUCGUAGUAUUUUUUUCUGGAUUUUUUUUGAGAAGUUUCCAUAAAUUGAAGAUUCCUUGAAUGAAUCUUGUACAUUUAUGUCCGAAUAUUAUAAAUAAAAUGAUAACUUUUUGAAUUUCGUAAAUUUAUUUUUUUGAGCGAGAUGAAUGAUGAAUGAAUAAACAAGGAUUCCUGUUCUGUACCUGGUAUAUUUAUUUUUUUGAGUAAAAUAAAUGAACAAUUUGUCUAUUUAUCACAACAAGAAAGAAGUACAUACAAAUUGUAUGAUGUCGUUUUUUUCCAUAUCUGCGAUCCAAGUGAACUCUUUAGGGUUAAAAUUUUGAAAUUGAAUGAAUGAAUAAGUGAAUAAACUAUUAUUCCUUUUAUUUGCCUUGUCGAAUCAUUUUUUUGGAUGAAAUAAAAAAAUAAACGAUAAUUGCUGUUUUUUUCACUUUGUAUAUCAAUAUUUGAAUUGAAUAAAUGAAUGAAUCCCAGCCAACGGAGUUCACGACGACGAGUUGCGACACGACGCGCAAAAGCAGGGGUUCAUCGACGGUUCGAAUCGACUCGUCUUCCGCCGUUUCAACCCAAAAAGACCAAACUGGCCAUAUUCAGCUCGUCCGGAACGUCAAGCAGGUCCAUUUGAAGUCUAAUCAACUCUUGGGAGGGUCCUGGAGUUUGAAGGGAGCAAUAAAGGGGUUCUGAAGUUACUUGAUUACUAAGUUACUGGGAAACGUUGGAGUGACACACUUAGGAGCGCCAAAGUGGUCCCUAUAGGGGUAGAAUCCAGGUGGUCCCUGUAAAGGUUGAGAGUCUGACCCCUAAGCCCCUAAAAUUUGAACGAAUAUUAUAAAAUUUCGUCAAUUAAUCCUAUGUUAAUAUUUUUUGAAAAGGGAUCCCUUGAGGGGAACCUUUAGAGCCCUCUAAUUUUGCCCCUAUAGGGAUCACUCUGAGGCUUGUAAAAUUGUUUUUGAUAUCAUUUUAUAACAACAGCAUGAGAAAUAGUCUAUUUUUUUUGUUUGGAAUUCGUCUCUGUUGUAUCAAUUGCGCUCGAUUCUUCUUGAGGUCUUAUAAACACAAUGAAACGUGUUUCUUACCUUUUUUAUUUCGAGUUGGGAAAAUAAUUUUGUCAUUUUGAAGGAAUUUGCUUCUUUUUAACGAAAACGAGACCUUCUUACACGUUUCAUUUCCUAAUCACGACAAUGUUUAGAACAAUUUCGUUUCUAUUUUACUCAGAUUUAUAAGAAUUUUCUAGAUAUUCAUUUUGAACCAUUUCCUCGAAAUCACGUAACGGUUUGUUUGAUUCAUCACACACCACCAACAUCAGUGGAAAGACCAUAAAACUUGGGUCUUUCGGAAAAUAUGCAAUCAUUACGUUUUGUAAUCAAAGUACGGCAAGUACGAAAAAAGAGAAAUAUACAGCGAUAAGGACGGCAUCGUUUCAGCAAAUUCCCCAACAAAGAUAGAUAAAAACGGGCUCGGUUUUCGGGGCUUACCAAUGAAACGAAUUCCCGUUUCGGGGUUGGAAAGAAGGGCCCGAAAAGAAAAAUGAGAUUUUUUGUUUUUCAUCAAUUUUUUCACGAUCACUGCUUCAAGUCGGAUUAUUAUAAAUUUGAGAAGUUCAAAAAGUAGUCAGAGUGCGCUUUGCAAGCAACAUAAAUAAAUUGGUGAUCUAAAAAAAAAAAUAAUGAUAUAGUAGUUGGAAAAAAUUCAGUUAACUCUUUACGAGAUUAUACUAUAUUCAAAGCAGUCUCGAGACUUUUUUUUUUCAGUUUUCUCCAUUUUUCUUAACUUCAGUCGUAAGGGGGCUGGUGCAGAACUGUCCAGAAAAAAGUUACUUCAAAGUUUUGAAAAAAAAAUUCGAAAAUUUUUGAUUAGUUCAGUGAACGUUGACAGAAUUAGAAGUAAGCGUUUAACUCGGAAAAAAUAAUUUUAAAAAAAACUGAGGAAAGUCUCUCGAAGCCUUUGAAAAAAGUCUGCCCAUGUAUGGCUUGUGUACAAUCAAGUAUUAUAAAUUACAGUACCUUCAGAAGAGAUACGAAAGUUUUUUUUGCUCUUUUUCGUGUGGAGCUCAAUCUUUUGGAAACUUUUCAGAGAUGCCUUUUUUCAGCGGACCCAAAUUGGGUACUAAUAAAAGUGAUCCAGAAAGUUUCCGGAAGGUUAAAUUUCAUAAAAGAAAAUUUUAUCGUAUCUUAUUUCACGGAACUGUUUAUGGGAAAGUCAUACAUAAGAUGAGCAUGACUGUCGACACCCAAGUCCGUUGAAAGUUUUUUUACGUUUUUUUGCCGACCCCCCUCUCUUUCAGGUCCCACCGAGACUAUCCCAUGUAUGACUAGACAGGUUAGAAAAAGGGUUUCAGAGCAUCAACGCUUCGAUCGACGACACCUUCAUCCGCCACUCGUACACGAUUGAACGGGACGGAUCUCAUUUGACGCUGCCGGCCAUGGUAAUUUUUGGACUAGGAAGAAUGAAAAAAUGCCCCAUGACUUGAUAGAUCAGCGAUCACAUCGGAAUGGCUCAUUUUUUCAGUCGCUUCACUUGGGGACGCCAGAGGGGUCACUAGAGGGCCUGAGGCUCCCCUCAGAGGCCACCUUAAGUUGACCGAUAGGGCCCUGAAGUUUGCAGAAGGGGCCUCUUUAGGGGAGCAUUCUGGUGGUCCCUAGAGCAACAAAAAAUUAAGUUAGAUGUACAAGUUCAAAAAACCUCUGUAACGAUUACCUUUUGGCAUGAUUUAGUCUGUUCAAACUUUCAAUGUCAAGUGCGAUGACGUCAUUCAAAAGCACUCUGUGGAUGGCUCGAUUUCUGAUUGGUUUAUCCCACCAUUAGGGGCGGAGCUUGAGCGACGACUUGACAUUCAAAAUCUGAACAGACUAUAGAUAGUUCAGAGUGAAUAGUAGAAUCACUUUCCUCUCGAGAAAAACCCACUUCCAACCUUUUCAAAUCCAUUUUCCAGGUAAAGGUGAAACAGCUGCCGGACGGUUGGCUCGACGUGACCUACGUGAUGCUCAGCGAACACAACCACGUCCUGAUGCGUCUGACUUGCGAUCUGUACGGAACCCAGACCCGCAACGUGGUCAUCAACGACGUCCUCGUCAAGAACUGA